UCUCGCUUCCGGGUCCCGACCCAGGCGGCGUCGGCGGGUACUCCAGCCGCCUCCGCCGUGGUCGCCGUGGUCGCCGUGGCCCUCCUUCUAGCGGGGCGAAGGAAGUUCUCCUUGCCACUCCCGCACGCCGCCGGGUUUGGAGAGAUGCAGUACCACGUAAAGAACAAGGCGGCUACGAGCGCGAUGCCCUCACGCGGAAAGGACACGGCGGCUACGAGCACGAUGCGGCCAAAGCAUGCCUUUGCAGACGAAAACUUAUCACAGGCGCUGUUAGCAUCUUCCGAACAUGGAAUCCAACGAAUGUCGUUGAAUAGAAAUUCGUCUUUGACGCCACAGCUUCGUGCAAAGGAGAUGGCAAACACAGGCUUAAGUUGUGGGGUUUCACAAAAGCACAUUGGAAAGGAGAGAUCGCCAUCGUUGGGCACGGGCUUGUGUGGAGAGGUGUCACAGAAGCAAAGGGAGAAGGUGGAUACAGGCUUGAUUCCAAAGAAGCAUAAUUCGAAGGAGAAGAUGUGCCCCCCUGGACCUGUCAACAUGACUGCAGCACGUGUUGCCGGAGAGAAGAAGCAGCACACGAGAAGCAAUAAUGCAAAGGGGAAGAUGUGCCGCCCUGACCAGCUCCACCAGCAUACACGGGGUAUCCAGGGGCCUGUCAGCAUGCCUGAAGCACGUGUUGCCGCAGAGAAGCAGCAGCACAAGAGAAGCAAUAAUGCAAAGGAGAAGAUGUGCCAUCCUGACCAGCUCCGCCAACAUACACAGGGUAUCCAGGGGCCUGUCAGCAUGACUGAAGCAUGUGUCGCCGGAGAGAAGAAGCAGCAAACGAGAAGCAAUACAUCCUUUCCAACAAAAAGAACCACUCCACAACUCAAAUCACGAGCGAGUUCCCGCUGCUCCAACGCCUCUACCAGUCGCCCUGUCGAUCCCCACGACCGUGGCAACACUGCUGCAGCCCAGGAGCAGAGACAAUCUGCCGUGAACAAGACGGCUAAAGAUAUGGAGGCCAUAAUCCAGAAGCUCAACGAGUUGGGAUUGGGAGACGAUAUCAGCUUUGAGGAGAACUAUGGAUACCUGAUGCAGCUGCCCUACACCCAUAUUCAUACUACAAUUAAUUCGGGUAUAAAUAGCCAUUAUAUGGAAAUCCGACAUGCGGUGUAUCGCAUCAGAUCCUUCAAGCUGUCACAAAAUGUGUCCAAGUAUGAGUUAUGCCGUGAUGAACUGCUAGACUGCCCUAUGGAUCUUCUUGAAAAGGAGGAAUUUCCUUCAGAUUUCCUUGUUGAUAUGGAUUAUUUUAAGUUCUUCCAGCAAGAGGGUGUUUUGGACUGGUACUUCCACCCUAAACUCUGCAAGAUUGCAGGCCUGGAUGACUACCAGCGUCUAGUCCCCCGGAAUCACUGGAAGCAUGAUGCUUACGAGUACGCUAAUUGGAGUGGGUACAUGGAACACUUCCAUACCUAUGAGACGGAGCAUGAAUACAUCGAGUACUUUGAGACAUUAUUAAGUGAACUUAAGUGGUUGGAAAAUUGUCUACCGAUUAGGCGUACGGCAUCUGCUAUUGCAGACAGAAUAUGCACCAGAGGAAUUUAUCAAGCAACGAAGAUCGCCACUCGCUUUUCGAAGAUGACAAGUCAUUUGGCUUUUUUUGGCUUCUACGAAUGCUUUACUUACAUGAGCAUUGAGGCUACUUGGUGUGACGGGUCUGAUGAUCUCUUUUUCGAGAUAUGGAAGCGGGUUGCCCAAGAAAAGGAGAGUCUCAGAGAUGCUGUGAAGGAAGUCUAUAAACUGAACAAGUUUUUCUCACGGCAGGAUUUCAUGAAAUAUACCGUAGAGGAGGAUGACUUAAUCAUACUGGAAAAGGGGUUUCAGACUUGCAUGAGAGGCGUUACCAAGGAUGUAUCAGAGGAUGAGGCUCGGGAGUUGAUUGCAGAAGCAGUUAAAAAGAAGAGGAUAAAACCCAAAUUCUAUCAUGAGUAUAUCAAAAAGAAGAUGGACAUUGCCCGAUCUAUAGGAUUGAUCCCCAUGGAGGACUGAAAAGAUGGCUUCAGGAGCUUCCAUUUCUUCAGGAUGUCUUUCUUGGGUUUCAUGUGCUUUUGCUGCUGCAAUGAAGCAGAGGGGGAGUACCAGACUUGUAGCAAUGAAGUAGUACUCCUAGUUUACUAGAUGGAUGGUUUGCCGGGUGUGUUCCUACUUCCCAGCCUACUGGAUCAUGUGAUGUUUUAGGUGUCACUUGUCUGAUUGUCUCCAGUGGCGUCGAAGGAGAUGUCAAUAAAUAAAUUAAUUAAAUAAUAACUGCUGACCUUUUUUUUAGUGAAAAUAUUACUGAGCUGCCCUGCUAUUUUUCACGGG